AUGAAAGCUCAGAUGGUGCAGUGUCCACAGCCCAAGGUUGCAUUCAGAGGUGGCAGCUGCUGCUGGAGCAGUGCAGAAGCUGGUGGGAGGCUGACUGAUGCCUUCAGUAACGUGGUGACAGGCUCUGGCUCACUCUAUGGCUGCUACAAAUCACAGAAUGAAGAAAAUGUAGAUCUCCCUCAGAGCUACAGCUCUGCUCUUUCAGCAUCAGAAUACUCUGCAUCUGUGGACUCUUCCCUUCUCUACACCCCGUGGUCUACCUGUGGGGAUGAUGCCAAGCAGCCUCCUGUGCCCCAGAUCAGCGUCAAGUCCAGGAUUCAACCUGAAAGGAAUGAUUAUGGCAGUGAAACAGACUUAUAUGGACUCGUGUCUAACAUCUUGGAAGAACAAGAUAAAUCACAGCCAUAUUGUGCUGAGGGGAGCUGCCCUCCCACCUUGAAGUCAGUGUGGCCCAUGAAUGCACCCAGACUCGUAGACCACCAUGACCUGUUGCCAGAAACUAAAAGACCAGUUGUUGGAGCUGUCUCACCACAGGGUUUUUAUGGUAGUGAAUCUGUAUCUGCUGCUGAAAAACAGUAUCUGCCAAGUGGUAAUCUGCCAUCCCAGCAGAAGGUGGAGGAGUGUUAUCGUGGGUUUCCUGGUCUAGACCUUGAAGAGCAGUGUUUGUACCCUCCUAGGAAUGAUCGUGUCAGCUGUUGCAGCGUGCAGAAUAAUGAGAAUAUAAAGACAACACCCAUCUAUCAGAAUUAUCCAUACAUGAAAACCACCUUUACAGCCCCAGGGGGGUUCUCAGAGGUGAUCAAAGACUCAGGAGCUGAUGCUUAUCCUUAUGGGAGAGAGAAGGGGUGUCCCAAGGCACCCGAGGCCCAGUCUCACCAGAAACGGGCAGAAAUGUUUCUCCCCCAGUUUCACAGAUAUAAUGAAAACCCAGAUUGUGGGAGAUACACUGAGUAUUCUCAUGCUAGCAAAGCAAAGCCUAACAAGAGCACCAGCUGUGGCCUCCAGGAAAACAAGAGGUUAGUCAAUGGAAGCCUUGAGGCAGCAUCUCUGGACACAGAGCCCUACACUAAAUUAUUUCAGGUUAAAUCAGGAACUCAGAAAAAAAUAGAAGAUGCAAUUUCAGAUCAGCCAAACUUUACACUUCCCAAAGCUGUAGGACUUCUAUCAGAAAAACAGUUUGCAAAUGAAGCUUCGUUCUGCACCGAGUUUGGGCAAAAAUUUGAAUAUGGAUUAAAAUCUUUUGCAGCUUGUUCAGGAAAUAGUGACUGUGCAAAUGGUGUGGAAAAGCAGCAGUUCUCCAAGCCUGAUCUUCAGAAUUCUGAGUACUGUAAAUCCCUCCCACUGUUACCAAACUCUGCCAGCCCCUCAGCAGCUGCUCCUGGGAAGCCAGCGUGGGUGAAUGUUCAGACCAAAGCUGCUGCUUCUGUCCCAGUUCAGAAUCCAAAUCCUUUGUUGAAACUCAAUAAUCAUCUUCCAGCUUUUCCAAAAAGCUCCAGUCACCCUAAUGAUUUUUUGCAGUUACCAUCUUCAAACUUCUCCCUCGGAGGUAAUUUAUUUCACAAGUACUGCCCAGACAACCCUUCCUUUUUUUCCAGCCUUGAUUUGGGCUAUAACACAGAACGAGCUCGCUCUGCAGCCUGUGUGGAAGCCCUGGUGAGGAGUGGAGAGGAGAAUCUCAUUGAGUAUUUGAGUGAAAAGAAACUGAAGCAGCCCAAUGGGUUCAGUGAGAGUUACCUGGCCCAGCAGCUGGAGGUGAUGGAAGCCAUGAACAAACACCGCUUCCACCUGAAGCCCGGCGAGCGCUACGACCCGGAGGGACACAAACACACUGAGGGCUUCCUGCAGAACGUCUACCAAGACCUGGUGGAGGCUCAGGGUCAGUUCAGUCUCCGUCAGGGGAGUGGGGACAGUAACACCAUCAAUCCUGUCACUUGCCUGCCAGCUCCAGGGCUGUCCAGCAGCUGCGUGCUGGGGGACUUCAGGCGGAAUCCGCAGCUGGGGCCGAACGCCUUCCCCUGGAGGUCAGCUCAGCUCUUUGGCCGUUCCAUUGUCCCCCUGGUGGAGUCUCCUGACUUGUUCUCCCACGAUGACUUGAAACGUUUCUACCCUUAUUUUAACGAUAAGGUGUAUGGUGACACUUCUUUUCCUGGUGUUGCACCAGCGUUUGGAUUUCAAAGGCAAGUGAAAACCCGUAGCGGGCCUUCCAGUGAGCUUCAUGUUAGACUAGAAGAAUGUUAUGAGCAGUGGAGAGCUUUGGAGAAAGAAAGAAAGAAGACUGAAUCAGCUCUUGCUAAGAAUUUCCAAGGGAAAAAGGUUUCCAGUGCUAACAACACUCCAAUCCCAAGGCUGACAUCAAACCCAUCAAGAGUUGAUCGUUUAAUUGUGGAUCAGCUACGUGAACAAGCCAGAGUUGUGACUUUGCUUGGAAAGAUGGAGCGUCUGCGCAGCUCUCCCCUGCAUGCCAACAUUGCUGCUGCUCUGGAUAAGCACCUGGAGGUGAUCCAUGUGGUGCACUCCCGCAGGAAAGAUGAAAUUGUAAAUGCUUCAAAUCGACAGAGGCAAGGAGCUCCCAGGUGCCAGGAUGACAGAGAUGUCUUUGCUCUGGCCCUGUCGAUCCGCGAGCUGAGCGCAGCCACGCGCAGGACGCGGACGGCUCUGUGGUGUGCACUGCAGCUGAGCCUGCCCAAACCUCCCCCUGGGACACCCGAGGAGAAAGCCCUGGGAACGCCGGCAGGGCCCCGGGACAGGGGGCUGAAGGCAGCAAACACUAACUGA